AUGACCCCAAAACAGAUUCUGCAGGUCAUAGAGGCUGAAGGACUAAAGGAAAUGAGUGGCACUUCUCCGCUGGCCUGCCUCAACGCCAUGCUCCACUCCAAUUCACGGGGAGGUGACGGGCUCUUCUACAAACUGCCUGGACGCAUCAGCCUUUUCACGCUCAAGAAGGAUGCCUUGCAGUGGUCUCGGAAUCUGUCUGUGCCAGAGGGAGAGGAGCUGGAGGAUACAGCGGACGCAGAAAGCUGUGAGUCCAAUGAAGCAAGCACUGUGAGUGGUGAUAACGAUGUGUCUCUUGAUGAAACCUCCUCUAACGCUUCGUGUUCCACUGAAUCUCAGAGCAAAGGACCCGCCACUACCAGGGAGAGCUACAGAGCUGCCUCCCAGACAACCAAACAAAAGAAGAAGACUGGGGUGAUGCUGCCACGUGUUGUGUUAACACCGCUGAAAGUCAACGGGGCACACAUGGAGUCUGCCUCAGGCUUCACGGGCAGGCAUGCCGAUGGGGAGAGCAGCAGCACGUCCAGCAGCAGCAGCAGCUCUUUGGCCCUUUGCAAAGCCACCUUGCGCAGCAGAACAGAAAUAAACAGGGACCCUCCACAGCUUCUGAGAGGUAUCCGAAAGCCCACAGCUGGGCAAAUGAAGCGAAACAGGGGUGAGGACAUUGACUUUGAAACGCCCGGCUCCAUUCUUGUCAACACAAACCUGCGAGCCCUGAUCAACUCCAGAACCUUUAAUGCGCUCCCAUCGCACUUCCAGCAGCAGCUGCUCUACCUCCUGCCUGAAGUCGACAGACAGGUCGGGGCUGACGGGCUGAUGCGUCUCAGCGGCAGCGCUCUCAACAAUGAGUUCUUCACCCACGCUGCGCAGAGCUGGCGAGAGCGGCUGGCUGAUGGUGAAUUCACCCAUGAGAUGCAAGUUCGAAUUCGGCAGGAGAUGGAAAAGGAAAAGAGAGUGGAGCAAUGGAAAGAGAAGUUCUUUGAGGACUACUAUGGACAAAAGUUGGGCUUGACCCAAGAAGAAUCCCAGGAGCAGAGUUUGGUGCAGGAGGAUGCUGAGAACAGGACAGGCCUGUCCGUCAAGGCGGAAGCGAGGCUGCCGCGCGGCCCUGCGACACGGCAGAGGGACGGCCACUUGAAAAAGCGCUCACGGGCCGACCUGCGCUGCAGAGCCAGGAGGAGCCUCUACAAACUGCGUGAGCCUGAGCAGAUGGAGGCUUCCAAGGAAGCUGCUUCUGCCAGCCCGGAUCCCUCUCUUCAUAAAGAGACAAAGCCUGACACAGACAUGAAGAAGGACGAUCUGACGAGCCCGUCGACCGUGAUGCUGAAGCUGGAGAGUUCAGAGUCGCACCUCUCUCCAGAGACUUCCAAAUUACACAGUAAAUCAGAAGAUCCAUUGUCGGCGGCUGCGAACAGAAUUCCCAGCUUGCCCCAGGAGAGCUCUGCCCGGGAAGCCAAGGACCAGAAGAGGAAAUGCUUCGAGGAGGCUGCCUCUGCAUCCUUUCCCGAAAAGAAGCCCCGGCUUGAAGAUCGUCAGUCCUUUCGUAACACAAUUGAAAGUGUUCACCCAGAAAAGCCACAGCCUACUAAAGAGGAGCCAAAAGUCCCACCCAUCCGGAUUCAACUUUCACGUAUUAAGCCACCCUGGGUGGUUAAAGGUCAGCCCACUUACCAGAUAUGCCCCCGGAUCAUCCCCAACACGGAGCCCUCCGGCCGGGGCCGCGCUGGAGCCAGAACUCAUGGAAAGCGUUCGGCAGAUCUACAGCGAGCACAACUACUGUCGUCUCUCCAUCUGAACCCAGCAAAGGAUGACUCCGAGGUGACGGCUCAGGAGGCUUGCACGAAAUCCUUCCUCUCUUCGAGACAAGACCCCCAUUCUUCAGAGAACGAGGGACGCUGGCCUGGUGACGGGUCACCUAGAAGGCAGUUCCGUGAUGCUUUGACCGAGUCAUCCUUAGACAGCGCGACUCGUGAGAGACAGGAGGAGAGCCCCGAGCAGCUCCUCCAUGACCCAAGGACCGAAACCCCAUCUUGUGUUGCGUCACAGGAGAGGCAGAGCACAAAGGUGAAACGCGCGGUUGCUCCGGUGAACGGUCUCUUGUGUUCUCAGGUGCUGGGAGCUGCGGUCGGUCCCGCGGGAGACACGGUCAUGUCGGAACGUGGAGAUGCCUGUGCUCCUGCUGGGCAGCCGGGUCGUCACUCCGACGUGAAGGAAGAUGCUUCUGGUUGUUCUGCGCUUCUGCCAGAAUUGUCGCCGGCUGGUAAAGAGUGCCGAAUGGUGUCGAGAUUUAGAUUUAACGGCUCUGAAAUAUUUGUGGGAAAACGUGGAGCUGAUAGUGAUAACUCCAGCAGGACGACUGCUGGAGCAGAGAAAGCAGCCCCUGCACCCUGUGACUGUGCACAUCUGCAGGCUGAGAAAGAGAGCGAUGGCAAAGUCAGUCAUGAAGAGCAAAGUACCGAGUCUCUGGUCAAACCCUCUUUAUGCGAUGAAUUUAUUCCUCAGAACAGGAUAGAUCCCUCUGACGAACUGCAGCUGAGGGAGAGGUGUCCCAGAACAGAACCAGAAAAUGCGCAUCAGCCGCUGAGAGAGACUCGGGAGUUCAAGACAAACGGUGAUGACGAAAUACAGAGCACACACAGCGAAACGACAGACACGGCUUCAGAUUUUGAAGCUGACUUAGCUGAUGAGAAUGUGGAGAUGGAUCCGUGUUUCAGAAGUGUCGGCUGCAACGAGGUGGCCGGGAAAGACUCCUCCAGCCGCGGCAGCACCGAGAGAUGCGAUAGGAUUCCAUCCAACUCGGCUGUGGAAGCAGCUUGUCUGGCCUGUCUUGAAGCCAACACCCCUCUGGUGAUGCGGCUGCUUAAGGGGAACCUUUCCCUGGAAGAAGUUCUCCCGGUGUCUCACACCAACGUCGAGGUGGAAGUGGCACAGCCACCGCUGGACAAGCAGUCAGGAGGCCUCUCCCUGCAAGUGGAGAGAGGCAGGGCUUGCUACUUUGGCAAAGAACCUUCACAAGGUAAAGAAACAAAGACAAGUGCCCGAAGCAGGAGCGAUGGCUUCCACUCAAGAUUUUCUGUAGAUCCCCAGGAGAAGUGUGGGGCGGGGGCAGCGUUGCCUAGAGCAGAGGAUGGGGAGGAUCACUCUAUUCCAGAAAAGCAUUCCAAAGUUGGCUCGGCUUUAAACUGCGACGAGCAGCUGGCAAAUGUGGCAAGUGCCUCUCAGAAGCCUGAAGAUGUGGGUCCUCAGGAAAGAACGUUUUCUUCCUGUAGCUUUGAGGAGCAGAAGGAGCUGCCCAAGGGCCAUCAGGUGCCACAGCACAACCUGCUGACAAGCGUCGUCACAAGUAAAAGUCCGGAGAAGUCCGAUGCCUCCACGGAGCCUCGGUUUUUAUCCCCAACUUCUCUUGGUCCAAAUCAGACAGGGGGUGCCUCGGCCAGUAAAAACUAUGUUGGAGUUCAAGGCAAAAAACUCUUUGGUUCUGCUUUUCCUUGCAACCCCAGCGUCCGGCUGCAUCACUCCAGGGCUUUGGAUCAAGUUUCAGCCGUGGGAACCUUGUCCCCCAGCAAACUGAUUCCUCUGGACAAGAGCUGCGUGCCGGGAGAGGGAGCGCCAGCCGCCAGGGAUGGGUGGACUUCCAAACAGCACCCUGGCACCCUGGCAGGAAUCGAGAAAGUGUCAGCAUGCGGCAACCCAGCCAAGAGUGACACGGAGAACCGGCAGGACGCUGCGCAAAACCCCGCCGAGCUGACAGAGCAAAGCAUUCCGCUGGGCGUGGACUUGCCAUUUUUUAAGCUCUCAAGGGAAGCAGGAAAAGGACACAAUCACCCUUUGGAGCCUUCUUCCAUCCCCUCCCAGCUCAAUAUCAAGCAAGCGUUUUAUGGGAAGCUUUCUAAGCUGCAGCUUAAUUCCACCGGCUUUAAUUAUUCAUCCAACACUCCAGCUUUUCCCAGAAGCUUUGCUGGAAGCGUGAUGCAGCUCGCCCACAAAGCGAACUUUGCUGCGAGCCGUAACGCAGCCCUGUCCGUGCAGAUGUUCGCCGACGGCGGCAGCGUCGAUGAGAUCUCGUUCAAGUGCUCGUGCAGCCUUAAAGCCAUGAUCAUGUGUAAAGGCUGCGGAGCCUUCUGUCACGACGACUGUAUAGGACCCUCCAAGCUCUGUGUAUUGUGCCUUGUGGUGAGAUAA